AUGAUUGAUUAUUUAAGUAAUAUUCAACAAAAACUUAUUUUAUCAAAACAAUUCAAUGUUAGUAAAGAUAAUUUAAGGAGAGAAAAGUUUGAAAAUAAUUAUAAUUUAUCUGAAUAUGAAUCUAAAUGUCCUUAUCAUCAAUAUAAAAUUCGAUUAAUUGAACGAAAACCAUUAAUUAUUUAUAUUGAACAAUUUCUUACACAAAAUGAAAUAAAACAUUUAAUUCAACUAGCUGACCCAUUAUUAAAACGUUCAAUGAUUCAUGAUGAUAAAGGAGAACAUUCAUAUGAUCAAUAUCGAACAUCAACUUCAGCAGGUCUUAAACGUCAUCAAACACCUAUUGUUAAAUGUAUUGAACAAAGAUUUGCACAAUUUCAAGGUGGUAUUCAUAUUGACCGUAUUGAACCAUUACAAAUUGUUAAAUAUACACAUGAUCAACAGUUUAAAUCUCAUUAUGAUUGGUUUCCUCAAUUGGAUCUUUUAAAAAGUGGUGGUCAAAGAAUUUCAACAUUUUUUAGUUAUCUUCAAUCAAAUUGUUCAUUAGGUGAAACGGAAUUUCUUGAUAUUCAAUUUAAUGAAAAAUUACAUAAACGAUUUUGUGAUAUUUUAAUUUGUGAUGAAAAAUCAAUUUAUUCUGGUAUUAGAUUUCGUCCAAUACCUGGAAAUACUAUUUUUUGGUUUAAUAUUGAUGAACAAGGACAAGUCGAAUAUUUAACUUAUCAUGCUGGUCGUCCACCAAGUCAAAAUGGACACAAAAUUGGAUUAAAUACUUGGAUACGUCAAAACAGAUUUUCUAUUUAA